AUGGCUAGAAAUGUCAACCAACUGAAGAGAAAAGAUUUAGAUAUUUCGAAGGGUUCCUAUUCAGGUACAUCGUAUCUCUCCCUAAAGGGGUUAAAUAAUAGAAAUCUACAUUCAGGAAGAACUUCCAAAGUGACAUCACCGCAGAUUUCAACGACGUCUUUCUCACAUUUAAGGUUGGAAAACUUGGCUAAGGAUAAGCACUGGGAAAUAUUAGAGGAUUUUGACCUAGAAGAAUUAAGAGAUGGAUACUUUGAUGCCGUUUUUACGAAACCAGAGAGGCAGCAUGAAGUGGAUAUGAAUGAUAAUGAUGUAGCUGGUCUCAUCAAUAACAAAAAUGCUGUAUGGAAUUAUAGACGCAUCUUUUGCAGAUCAAAUAUGAAAGAUUUUUAUACAAGGGUGUUCAAUGAGAGGGAAUCUCUCUUAAAAUACUGGUUAGCAUAUUUUAUUUCAAUAAUCAUAUGUGUCAUCCGUCCGUCAGGUAAAUGGAUUGGUCAUAGAUAUAGAUACUUUUUACCAAUUGCCGUACUUAUACAUCAUCCAGUGAGAAAUGUUGGUGUUCAAUUGGAAAUGUCCAUCUUUUCAAUAUUAGGUGCCGUGUUAGGAAUGGGCUGGUCCUCAUUGGCUUGGUACAUAUCCACUGCAACAGGUCCUACUGCAUCUCAUCAAGGUGGUAUACUAUUCCAAAGUCUUGUAAUGGCACUGUUAUGGUCAACUUGGCUAAAAUCCUAUAUUCAGAGGUCACUAUAUUUUAGUCUUUCGUUUAGUAUUGUGGUAAUAUUUAGUCACACGGUAGACUUAGUCCAUUCCAAACAUGACUUAAAAUGGAAGCUAUUCUGGGAUUUCGGAAUUUCAUAUUUAUUUGGUAUUUUAUUGUCACUACUAAUUUGCGUAUCUGUGUGUCCGCAUAGUGGUAAUAAUGAACUGAUGGGAAAAUUCAGUACAUCAAUAGAGAAAAUCAACGAUUUCCUCAUGCAAUUAAUUGAUAAGGAUGCUAUCGACAAUGACGAACUCUCGAAUGACUUACAGAAUGAAAUGAUAAGAAGUUUAAAUAUCGAUCUUUCUCAAGAGUAUAGAGAAUUUUUAAAUCAAUGUGCUUUGUCCAAAUUUGAUAUUGAAACUUUAAGAAAAUUAAGAAACUCAUUGACAACAUUAUCAGGUCCCUUAAGAGUUUUACCUUUAUCAAGUAAGCUGUUAGACAGUGAAGAACUCGAUCAACUUUAUAAACGUUUGGAAUCAAAUCAUACUGAAAAUGAUGAACUUGACCCCCUGGAUACUUCACAACUUGAUACAGGGAAAUCAACGCCACAAAUUGCAACGCCAUCAUCGGGCUGGGGAAGGAGGAGAUUGACACCGUUGGGAACACUGGGAUCCAACAAUGAUUUCUAUCAUAAUCUUCUGAGAAAUACAUUUUCAAAGGAAGUAUUCAAUUUGAUAUUGGUAAUGAUAUUAGUCUUAGGUGACAUCUCUGAAUUAUUAAAGAUUUCUGAUAAUGAUCUUAAUACAAUGGAAAAAUUGAAAUGCAACACAUCUAAACUGAAAAGGCGAAUCUAUAAAUUAGACGUAGCGUAUAAGGAAUUCACGAAAUCGGCGUUCUUUACGAAAGAUUUACUUCAAGAUCGUGAUUCUGUAGACAUUUUCCUUUUUGUAAGAUGCCUUAGAAACUCCGCACGAACAUUGGUUCAAAUGACUGAUACAUGUACUGUCUUGAUAAGGGGUAGACAUUGGCGAUUCUUUUGGCCACAGUAUCCAUUACACAGAGCCCUUCAUCGAUUACCAAAACAAUGUGCUAUUGACCAAGGUGCUGGCAAUAUCUUAAAUUAUUUUGAAACUAAGAAAGACGUUGAUGAAAUAUUCGAAAAGAUAUACAACUCAUAUACUUCAAGACAUACCUAUAACAAGGAAAAGAAUGACAGUAGUCUUCCAGGGUUCGACGAGACAAUAGAUGAAAAAAGGAAAACCCCAGUGGUAGGCAUGCGUGCAAUUGAUCAUUCAGAUUUUAAUUUCCAUACCACAACCAACCCCUGGAGAUAUAAACUCUGGAAGGUAAGCACAUUGUUGGUUGGACAAGAGAUGAAAUGGACAUUAAAAAUCCUAUUUGUAAUGAUAUUUUUAUGUUUACCAACAUGGCUGGAGGAAUCGUUUCAUUGGUAUCAGGAAUACCAGUGCUGGUGGUGUCCACUAAUCUUUUAUCUGCUAGCACAUAGACGAUAUUCUGGUCAAUGGAAUAACAUGGCUAAGCGGAUUAUAUGUGGAAUAAUUGGGAUAUUUUGGGGGUGGGCUGCAAAUCAAGCAAGGCAUUUUGGAAGUCCCUAUGUUAUCUGUCCAUUUGCUGGACUGUUAUUAAUACCGUUUUCAAUAAAUUUUCUAAUAUAUGGGAAUGCCAAAUCGAGCUUUACGGGGUUAGUUUGUUUUACAAUAAUUGCCUUAGAACCUUACUCCAAAGAUCCAACUCAUCUUAACACAGCAAUCAUAUGGAAAAAUACUUGGACCACUGGUGUAGCAUUAUUUAUCGGUAUUUUGAUAUCAAUUCCAAUCAACUGGAUUGUUUGGCCGUUUUGGGCAAAAUCCGAAUUAAGAUUAUCUAUAUCUUCCUUAUUAGCACACUUGAGUCAGUCGUAUCAAUCUGUUACAGAUCGUUAUUUGUAUCGUGAUUCCAAUGAUGAACCCACUGAAUUAACGAUGGACUAUGCCCAUAUAAGAGAAGUGAGAUUAACACAAAGUAUUGCAGCUGUAAGUGAUCUUUUAAUGAGAGCCAAACAUGAACCUAGUUUUGUAGAACAAUUUGAACCUUUGAAAUAUGAAAAAUUGAUCAAAUCAUGUGAAUUUGUCUUAGAAAAAACUAUUGAGGCAAGAAUGUCAAGUACAUUUUUUGAAGUUUGGGAUCGUGAUAUGGAUAAUGAAACUACGAGAGCGCUACUAUCGUUAAGAAGAGAUAGCGUGGCAUCUGUUAUUUACGUAUUUUACAUUUUAUCGAACUGUUUCAGAUCUAGAAGCAAAAUCCCCAGAUAUUUGCCAAAUUGUAUUUUGUCAAGGAAGAAAUUAUUCGAUUUUAUUGCCAAAUUUGAAACUUUCAAUGAAACAACAACAACGACUGUAUCUGAAAAUCUUUUAGAAAAGGCUCUUCUGAAGAAAUCUAUUAUAAACAAUGUCACGUCUAGUGAAGCUGAGGAAGAUCUUGAUAAAUUACAUUGGACAGAGAUCCAUGGCAUUGCAUUUGCCAGAGCUUUUACAGAUAUAUCUGAAGCCAUCCAUAAUGUUGUUGAUUGUUCAAGGGAUCUUUUAGGAACAGAUGUUUAA